CUUUUCUCGCUCUAAAUUCUCCCACUCUUUUGUCAUGGAAUUCUGUCACUCUUUCAACAUGAAGUUCUUGGCACUCUCUCUCCUGAGUCCGGGGAGCGGCGCAUUUGCGGCGAGUUGCUUACUGGACUAGCAACGCCAAAGCAACGAGCCAAAUAGCAAACAGACUGCCGCGGCUCUCACUCCAGACUUGCGGCCUAGCCGUGUCUACUCCGGCUGAAGGAUUAUGAUAUUUACUAGCUAACAUUAUAUAUACUCGCUAGGGUAAGACAAGGUCACCGUCAACGGCUACAUCCACGUCAUCAGCGACGCUAUGCCUAAUAAUCACACGGAUUUUCAAGCCGACUUGCAAGAGUGUUGGGAUCGCACCGCAAAUAUCAUCGACGAGUGCGUCGAAACCCAGGCCAAGGUGGGCUGGUGGAACGGCUUGCCCUGGUGGAAUGGCGAUCACGUAUUCCAGUAUUACGGAGCAGGACUGCGUCCGCUCAACGACCCGACCUCAUACUACGGUCAGAAGGGCAAGUUCAUCACAAACUAUCUGAUGCCUGUCGCCAAUGGAAAAACCUGCUACAACAAGUGCUGCGUCGUCAACAUCCGCGUAGGAUCCUCAGAUUGGUGCAAGCAGAAUUGUGGUGUCCCGUUCUGCGGCCGCCCGACCAAGGCCCGGCCAGUCCCGGCCAUCUCGGCACGGAGGACGGAAAAGGUUGCCGGGGUCGGAGGCUGCGAUCUUCCGUACAUCCUUCCAGACUGCCCGAGCUCCGGGGAUGCGGAAAAGAUCGGGGCAGUCCAAAAGUUCUACGACAGGGACGACACUCCUGUCGGGAACAACAACUGCAACAAUCCCAGACUCGCCGGCCCGGCGGCCAAGAAGGCAGGCAGCGUAUAUGACAGUGAGUCUCGCCCCUCUAGUUCCAGCACACAGUCGACAACAAGCUGGCUAGCUGCAGCGCUGACCGCAAGUCCGCCGCCGAGAUGCAGCAGAUGAUGGUCGACGCCGCGCUGGCGUUCUAGUACCUCAACAAGC